CGUGACAGAACUCAGUGAAAAAGUAAAGGUCAAACUGGUUUGCAUAUUUUAGUUUAUUUUGUUUUAGUAAAUUUGCAUAAUCUUGUUAAUCUUAAUCUUGGCGUCAUCGCUUUAAAUGAAUUUUUAGUCGCAAGAAAUCACUCCAUGCUGGAUCAUUCAAUCACCUUCACAAUGAGAGUUUUUCAUGCUCAGCGCUUGAAGAAGAGUACAUACCCUCUUUUCCUUUGUGUUGUGCUGCUGUUGACGCUUGAAGAAGGUGGGUAGCCAACGAAACACAGCUGAUCAAAGUUUCCGUGAGCGACAAGUACUGCUUCAAGUCUAUUGCUUAUAGUCUUAGUUGUACUUAGAAUAGAAAACACUGCAUUUCAGCGGUAAAAGGGGUUAAUGCCGCAAGGCAUUCGCUCAGUAAAAAGCAGCACACAAAUGUUGGCAAUGAUAGCAGAACCUCAUAAACUCAAUUCAGAAGAGAAAGGUAAAAUGAAACAAAUAAGCGGAGAUUCGAGUUGCAAUUUAAGGUUUGGUGCUAAAUUUAAUCAUUAAACCUGUAGAUAAUCAGUAAGGGAUCACGUUUAUACCAUUCUUGCACAGUCCGCAGUGAUUUUCUUACAUUCAUUUGUUCUAUAAGCUUUGAAAAGAAGGUAUAGUUUGGGAAGUUCAGCCGCUAAAUUUAUGAAGCUUUCAUAAAUGGUUUCAGAAAGAUUGGUGUGUCAGUAAGCUUUGUUGUAAUACUGGCGUUUACGAUCGACGUUUACAAAGUUUGAAUUAUAGGAAAAAUCUGAUCCAAGGGUAAACAAAAUUGGAUGAAAUUAACUAGGAGUUCGAGAUAGCCGAGUUUUUGGGUUUUUACUAUGGGAGAAUUCAGGCACCACUGAUUACAUUUUAGAUAAAAUGUGUUCGUAUCUGCCAUGAGGAGCUUUGGCCCCGAAAAAAAUUCGCAGCAUGCAUUCUACGGAGGCGCUAUAUUUCUGUCAUCAGUGUAGAGAAUUACAUCAACGUUUGCGGUCGGUAGGUGUCUAUGCAGUUACUUAAACCUGUUGAUUUUAAGUUAAAGGUUCACCUAAUAAUUAAUACUGCAUCUAUGCUCGAAUUUCAAUUACGAAAACACAAGAAAUCUGGCAUUGAAAUCACUUGGCGCGAUCUUAUCAUGGAGGCUGAAGUCCUCGAUCGAUCGGCUGAGUCGACUUUCUAUAGUUACGGGAUCCAAUCUCGACCCCAAAAAGUCCUGGUAUGUGCUAACGAAAAGUUAAUGUGAAAUCAGGCCGAAAGCUUUUGCAAAGAAUGAAUUGUUUCGUCGAUUCCGCGAUGACUACAAUACGUUCUGUCCCGCCAGCAGGUCUCAAGCGCGCCAACAAAGGCUGUUCGUUCAACGCCAGGUAACCAAACAACAUGCAUGUUAUAUCUUCAAGUGGUCUCUGUGCCGGACUAAUUAAACAGGGAGAAAUCCAGCAGAUGGAUUCACGAGGUCUUAAAACAUAAUCUUGUUGUUGAUGCGGUAAUCAAAUCGCACCCGACCGUACACUUUAGGCGGGAAAUGCCUCCAGUCGAAAUAUCAUGGGAAAUUGCAAGGAUGUCAGUCAAGAAUAACCGAGCUCGACAAAGACAUUCGGGAACUAGUAAAGGAUAAUAAUUAUAUAAUUAAUAAUUAGUGUGAAUUCAAUUUUUCGUGCCCUCUUGGGUAGUGUAUACCUGAGGAUUACCUUUAAUCUCUUGCAUACCCUCUUGGGUAGUGUAUGCCUGAGGGUUAUUUUAAUCUCUUGCAUACCCUCUUGAGUAGUGGAUUAAUUUCUAGUAUCUUCUAUACCCUCUUAGGUAGUGUAUACCUGAGGGUUAUUUUAAUCUCUUGCAUACCCUCUUGGGUAGUGUAUACCUGAGGGCUAUUUUUAAUUUCUUCUAUACCCUCUUGGGUAGUGUAUACCUGAGGGUUAUUUUUAAUCUCUUCUAUACCCUCUUGGGUAGUGUAUACCUGAGGGUUAUUCUUAAUCUGUCCUAUACCCUCUUGGGUAGUGUAUACCUCAGGGUCAUUUUUAAUCUCUUGUAUACCCUCUUGGGUAGUGUAUACCGAGGGUUAUUCCUAAUCUCUCCUAUACCCUCUUGGGUAGUGUAUACCUGAGGGUUAUUCCUAAUCUCUCCUAUACCCUCUUGGGUAGUGUACACCUGAGGGUUAUUUUUAAUCUCUUCUAUACCCUCUUGGGUAGUGUAUACCUGAGGGUUAUUUUAAUCUCUUGCAUACCCUCUUGGGCAGUGUAUACCUGAGGGUUAUUCUUUAUCUCUCCCAUACCCUCUUGGGUAGUGUAUACCUGAGGGUUAUUUUAAUCUCUUGCAUACCCUAUUGGGUAGUGUAUAGCUGAGGGUUAUUUUUAAUCACUUCUAUACCCUCUUGGGUAGUGUAUACCUGAGGGUUAUUUUUAAUCUCUUGCAUACCCCCUUGAGUAGUGUAUACUUGAGGGUUAUUCUUAAUCUGUUCUAUACCCUCUUGAGUAGUGUAUACCUGAGGGUUAUUUUUAAGCUCUUCCAUACCCUCUUGGGUAGUGUAUACCUGAGGGUUAUUCUUUAUCUCUCCCAUACCCUCUUGGGUAGUGUUUACCUGAUGGUUAUUUUUAAUCUCUUCUAUACCCUCUUGGGUAUCGUAUACCUGAGGGUUAUUUUUACCUUUUUCUUAUCCCUCCUAACUCGGCAGUCGCGUAAGACGAUAUUCAUACGUGUGAAUUUGUUCCCAAUGACCUAAAAUGCAAUAACGAUGUUUUAGACCAGCUUCUCCCCUGUUAAAGUCGAUUUUGGCAAGACGGAUGUCUUCGGAAAGGCUAAAAAUGCCGUUCCAAACUGAAACCUUCUUACAUAAAAGGUGAUUAUAAGAAUAAUUGCAUUCCGCCGAAGCUUGAAGACCGAACGAGGAGACCAUCAGUUGAAAGCGAUGUGUAUUCUCUGGAUUAUCUAAUCAACACAGUUUCUGGACUUUAAAAGUUAAAAACCAUGACCUGUAUAAAGAAGGUUUUGUCGGAGUUGACCUUACGUAAGCCUAGAUCUUCGAUCAUGGGGGUGAAAUUAGCUUUACCGGUGCCGCUUUUUAGGCUAUUUUUGAGUUUCUUCGUUUUACGUAUGUUAAAUUUUUCCUUUUAUAUGUUCGAUCUGUAACAUUUGGUUAGGAAUAUUCAUGGACCUUGUGUUAACGAUUUACUGUUGUCUUCUAUAAGACAUGUAUUUUCUCUACAGAGAAAAUAAGCUCAGCGUACAGCCCUUGUAUGAGACAUUUCUCUGGACUCUUGUUUCUGGAAAAUGAGUGAACAAAGUAGAGUUGCAUCUUGAAAAUGAUUAGAAUUGUAAUCAUCGGAAGUUGCGGUUUUUUCCAUUUCAUUCGAGGGGAGCAUAAUUACAUUUUUUGAAGCGAUUAUCGGAUUUCCUGGAAUGUUUAGCGAACACCUCAUGCCACCAAGAGGCGUCGAACCUUGGCUUGAAUUACUUAUGCAAAUUAGCUGGCUGCACAUUCAAUGUGCAGCCAGCUAAUUUGCAUAAUUUUUUUUUUUCCGACGCAAAGCUCGUCAUACUACAUGAUGCGAAGGCGCCAUAACAGACUGACAGCUGACGAACCUACGACUUCAAGUAUCUGUCUUUAAUCACAACCAGAAACAAAAUAUUAAUAUUUACAAGAGUUAAAAGUGCCUAGCUUGUCUUUCGCGAGUGGCUUAUGCGGUCGAAACGAUUCUAAAAUUCUUCCGCUGUUUUUCGAAAACAAAACGCCAAAAUACCGGAAAAAGAGAGAGAGAGAGAACAAUGUAAAAUAGAACAAUAAAUCCCUUAUUUCCGAGUCAUGGUUUGCCGAGCAGACAUUCUCUCAUUGCUCGUACUACGCAAUGAGCAAACUAUCCGUGCGAGUAAUUCUAUUCAAUCGUCGACUAACUUGCAUACAUUGUACACUUUUUUGUACCAAUACUCAUUUUCAAAGGAACAUCUGACGUUUUGUGCCCACCUGCCAUUCAUAUGUUUUGAUGAAAAGAUAGCAUUUCAAACCUUUUGCCAUUGGAUCUAAUCGCUCUAAAUAAGAAACCUUCGAUCCUGGGUUUUAUCACCCUAUGGAAGUAACAUUCUCUGACUAAAAAAGCUAAUAAAACAUUGUAUUUCCGAUUUAUUAAGGCUAGAGAUAAAAUUAAAUAUAUACAUAUGAAUAUAAAUAGCGGAAGUGAUUCGAUAUAUAUAUAUAUAUAUAUAUCUACAUAUAAACAUAUAUUUAUACAAGUUGUAGAAGCGAUUUUUAAAAUCUAUGAAUUAAAAUAUUUCCAACGAGCCCACCACAUUAUCAACAUUUACAUCAUUAUUAUUACUGUCAUCAUUAUUGAAUUUUAGAAACUCAAAUAAUUUUUGAACUUAAAUUUUUCAAAUAAUUUUCAAUUUUCUUCCAACGUUUUUUCGCCCAAUCAAAGAUUAGUACCUGAAUAGCAAAAACGUCUCAUCUAAUUUUCCUAUUUUUGUCUUUCUUUCCUUUUUAGUGGUAAAUAAAGCAAAUGCCUUACAAAUGAUUACUCAACCGAAUAAAACGAUAGUGUCCUUCAUUGGAUCUAAUCAAACCUUUUCUUGGAAUUUUGUUCUCACUGAGGAGGAGAAAGCUAAAGUAUUGAUAGUUACCUUUGGUCAUUGGAGCAAAGAAUAUAGCAUGGUUUUAGGCGACCACUUGGUAAUAUUUGUUCAUGAUUCGAUAGCGAAUGAAAGAGUGUAUAAAGGAAAUGCCUCAAUUGCAAGGCGUUUAAACUGGGUGGGAGACAUGGCACGUGGCUUCGUGGCUUUCCAACUUACUGAUGUUCAAGCGCGCGACUCUUCUGAUUAUGGAAUCCGGUUCCGUGUGGAUAGUUUUCCACCAGAGACUGAAGAGAGUGGGUUCACUCUCUCUGUGCAGGUGAAAAUGUUUUAUGCUUUCAAAAUUAGGGACCAAACAUCAUUAAUCACAUAAGAUGUUAGAGGGAAUAGAGCGGGAUCAGUCGUCUCCAACAGAGUUUUCAAGUGGAUCAUAGCAAACUUACCGCCGAUGAUGAGGGGGAUCUUUAGAAUACUACAGAGCCUUAAAGGGGGAUCAGAUUUGGUUGUGACACAACAAAAUUCCCCCCCUCCCCCUCCCGUCCCCCUUCCCAGCCGAUCAGCUGAUGAAUAAUGUAUGGUUACUCAGUUGACCACGUUUUAUACAAGAACUUGUUCUUUACAUCCCAUCUUUAAAAAAGAACCUCUCUCGAAGAGUCAGAAAUAUGUGUCCCAACAACAGAAAAAACAAUCAAAUAUAUGCAAACAAACAAAAAAGCAAAAUGCAAAAUAAAUAAAUGAAUAAAUAACAAACAAGUGAAUGAAGUAACCAUACAAAAGCUGAAAUAUUGUACCUGUGUUUACAUAUUGCCUCUUUUGACGCUGGUUGUAAAUGUGCCAGAAUCAACCAGUCAUGAAGCAUGAAUAAUGGAGAAAUCUUAAAAUGUAUGAAUAAAAUAUGUUCUUAAAAAUUCCCAAAUACUACUUGGAAUAUCCAAAUCUACGAGCAAACUUUCUCUUUCUUAUAUCAUGUUACUCAUGGGUAGGUUUCUUCAUGGAUAGUUUAGCUGUGGAAUUAUAGUUUAAAAGAAUUUUCUAUAUCUUUGUAGGAUCCUCCUUCGAUACCGACAAGGACGCCAGGUAAGUGAUUUCUUGAGCAUAAACACAAAAUCAUCGAGGUCAUAUCAUAAAAGCCUUGGAGUAAUCUUGUUCUCAUUUGCAUGAUGAUGAAUUAAGCAGAAUUGUAGACCACGAGCAAUCCCUUCUUUUUUAGCGAAAUCCAUCGCGUGAGCAAGAAAAUAGCCAUAAAAAUACAUUUAUGCUGGUGCGUUGCGUGGAACUUCGUGUACCUCACUCCCAGAGAUCUGCACAGCGCGCUAAAAGAAAAUUCUUUAUAGCUAAUGUUUUUCACUCCCUCGACGGAUUUCACCGGAAAGGAAAGACUCCUCGCAGUCUAGCAAAGGGCACGCUUCUUCUGUUCUAUCGUAGGGAUCGGACUUACUAAAUAUAAUGAUAUGAUUUCAUAUUGUACACGAAAGAUUAUGACGUGACGCAAGUUUAUGUUAUGUGACGUUAUGUGAACUGAUGUUGAUUAGCAAAAUCCCCUGUUAAUGUAGAACCCCAAGACAUUACUAUCAAGAUAGUGGAAGGUGACGUCCUCAACAUCACGUGUCGCGCCUUAAUGUACGGACAUUCUUCGGUGUCAUGGCUGAAAGAUAAGAAACUUAUUGAGAAUGAAGACGAAAAGACUCUCUUCCUUGGAAAUGUCAGCAGAUCGCAAGCAGGAGAGUACAUUUGUGUGUCGCUGUCACCAUAUGGAAAUCACAGUUCACCAGUUACUACCGUUGAUGUGUUAUGUGAGUUCAGUUCAAAGUAAUAAAAAUCUUUAGGUCUGCGAAACUUUAGGGGCCGGUCAUUUACACGAAGUCUAGCCUUAACCUCGGUUUUACGCAAUCCGAGGGCCUCGGGCUUCCUCUAUAAGAGGUUUGAUUUGAUUAAAUAAAAAUCUCUCUAUUGUAAGCUUUUAUUCAUCUUGACGCUGUUCACAAUGAUAAAUGUUUUGAUAAAAGGUUCGGCUUAAAUAAGGAUUUUUUAGAACGCAGUUUUGUUAACCAACGAUUAAGCUUUGUUUUACAAACUAACCUUUCGGGUCUUGUUAAUCGGAUAUGAUUUCAAGUACUGUUGAUUCCCUAUUCGGCCACGUAUCCCAAAAGAUCCACGAUCCUGCUUGAAGGGUAAGGUUAAUCCUAAAUAUUAAUACACGCAAAAUAAAUUAUCUUUACAAUGCUAGAGUAGAAAAUGACAACCAAAAAUACUUGUUUUAUUAUUUUUUUUUAUUGCACUUCUUAAAAAUCUGGGCUUGUGCAGCACAUUUUUGAGAAGGGGGGGAAGGGUUGGGUGGGGAAAGGCAAACGCAUGAGCUUUGGCCAAAAGGGCAGGGACAGGACAAGUAUUUUUUUACUAAAGCCCCCUCAGCCCCUCCCUCUGCGUGGUCCCUGUCAAUUAGUUACUGGAUCAUUCUCUUUUCUCGGUUUUGAAAAAGUAAAAGUGGGCUUAUAUCAAACGAAGCAGGUUUUUCUAACCAUGAUAAAAUUUACACUUAGACCCUCCAAAAAUACAAACCGGUGAUGAGCAAGUAUUGGUGGAGUUAUUGAGAGGGCAUUCCAUGCCGCUUACAUGUAUAGCCUCUGGAAAUCCAUCCCCGGUAUUAAGUUGGCACAGGCAAAGAGAUGGGAUCAGCGAGACGUUUAAAAAUCCCUGGAACUCAAGCUCUCUGGUAGUCACUCCUAUAAAUGACACAGACUUUACAAGUUACACGUGCAUUGCAACAAACAAAAUGGGAUCGGAUCAGGUGACAUUUAUAUUGAAGGAAAAAGGUUGGUGAUAGUUUAGUCAUAAUUCUUGUUUGACUUUGUAACCUUAAACGUUAGAGCAGCAGCUAUCAGAGAAACGAACGAACUAGGGACUCACUAGAUGAUUAACUGACUGACUGACUAACUAAUUGAGUGGCGGAGUGACUGAUUGAGUGACUGACUAAUUGAGUGACUGACUGACCGACUGAUUGACUGACUGCCUGAUCGAUUGAUUGACUGAUUUACUGACUAAUUGACUGACUGACUGACUGGUUGACUGACUGACGGACUAAUUGAAUAACUGACUGACAGGGUAACUGACUAACUGACUGACCGACUGACUAACCGAAUGACUGCCUGACUGAGUAACUGAAUAAUUGACUGACUGACUGACUGGCUAACUGACAGACUGAAUGACGGACUGACUAACUGACCGACUGGCUGACUAACUAACUGAAUGAAUAACUGACUGAUAAACUAAAUGAAUGACUGACUGGCUGACCGACUGACCAACUGAAUGACUGAUUGACUGACUGACUGACUGACACACUAACUGUAGAACCAAACAAUCCACUGACUGGAUGGCCCUCCGACUAACCCACCAACCCACUGUCUGACUGACCGACUGACUCCCUGACUGAUCUACCCACUCACCCACUAAGAGACGAACAAUUCAGAAAUACAAUGAUCAAAAGAAUAAGUUACUUUCCUUUAUAUGGAGUGGAUAAAUUAAUAAAUUAGGGAACGAGAAAAGGAACUGGCAAAGGAUAGUAUAAUCAGCUAACCGAGUCUUUUUUAAAUAUUACCUGAGCAACUGCAUGAAUAUUCCAUCAACUCUGGUAUUGCUGAGAUUUUUUAAUCAAAGGAAGCAUCGUUGUCGAGUGGCGAGUUUGUUGCAUUCAUUCUCCAAAUGUCCAGGGUUCGAGCCUCGCUCUGACUUAAAGGUACAUUUCUUCCUGAUAGACCAGAGUCCAUCUCUUCAACCCCGUUUUCCAGUUCGCCACCACCCGACAGCUUUGCUUCCUACCGGAGAGAGUUUUGUGGUUGUGUAUGGUCGUCUGAGUGGAAUUCCUAUAUAAUAAGAAGCUGAGUUCUUCUACUAUAAAUAAAACAGUUUUGAUUACUGCUAAAUUCUUUCCGAUGUUUAGCAUAACGACCUCAACGUAGAAUUUUCUGACAAAAAACGCACGUAUGUGCAUGGGAAAUCAUCAAGAUCUUUUGGUGUACGGAGAAUACACGCGAACUGAUGUUGUGCUGGUUUUCAGUAAUUUGACCGAUUUUAUGUCCAUUUUAAAUCGCAUCCCAUGUCAUUCAUUUUCUUAGCUGACAAGCCAGCAAGCGAAUCAGGAACUCAAGAUCCAGGUACAAGCCAUCUCGAUGAUAGAGCUGUUGUUUUCAUCCACGAAAUUGGUUUCAGUUGAUCUAAUAUUGCUGUGUGAAGGACAUAUUUUCUCUAUCGUAUUGAGUUUCUCAAUCAGCUCUUCAUAAAAUCAUAAAAAUGCUGACAACGAUUUCUUUUCCCCGAGCUUUUAACUUCAUGUACUCCACAUUGUAAAUAAGAGUACUUUCUUAGUCCAGAGAAAUAUCAUAAAAAUCUUUGUAGGAGAAAAUUCUACUCGUCUCUUGAUGAAACCCUUGCAUUUUUCAAUUGUAUCGUUUCCUAUCAAAUCGAAUCAUUCUAUUUUCUUUCUUAGGUCAAACUAGGAUGAGCGGCCAGGGCCACAGCAGCUUAGUGAUGUACAUCUUCGUUGGUGCUGGAGUUGCUGUGCUUGCUGUUAGUUUGGUAAUGGCGUAUGUUUGCUGGCGAAAACAGCGGGGAAACUCGAAGAAUUGCUGUACACGUGGCAUUGAACGAGACGGGGCCGAAAGAAUCCCUAUAGGUCCUCAAGAUGAGGACACUAAAACAGCUGAAAGUUUGCAGGCCUAGAGAUACGUUCAAAGGUGCGGCUGGAAACUAGCCGUGGAACCAUUUUUCAAUUUUCCAGGAGGUUAAAGGUGUUAAAUGAUAAAAUUACAAUUAUAGUUAAUCUACAAUAUCGUAAGGGUUUCCUGUAUUGGUGUUGGAAAGAAAAGGAAUGGAAAUGUUAUUUUAUUCUAAGUCAUUUAAUGUAAAUUAUAAAAAGGGCAGGUUGAUUACUUCGUACUCCUUCUUGGUGGUCUUAUCUUAAGGGUCGAGUUUGAUCACGUUCUUCUUGUGAGUUUGGCUACGUUCUCCUAGUGAGUUUAAUCACGUUUUCUUCGUUGUGAUCGUGCGGUUGACAUGGAACUCGUGAUAAGCCAUGUUCUUAAAUAAGUUAAUUUGUUAGUCCAGGAAGAGUAAAUCUCCCUGGUAAUAGGUCGCGUUCGAGACCUUCGUGUUCCCAGAUGUAAUUUAAGGGUAAACAGGUGAUGCCCCUCAUGUUUCGCAACAAGAAGCCAUUUGGGGGCGGUACUUGUGAGCGCCUUUCUUCUUUAACUCUUGUCACCAAGAUGUUGUUAUGUAACAAUCUUUGAAGGUGAUUUUCUCUUAAGAUACACUUUCAGGUAUAAAUAAUACUAUACACCAAGGUUAUUUGUAAUUUUUAUAUUGCCGAUCUCGUUUCUGUUCUGGCCGAUCUCAACCGUAAAGAUAUGAAAAUUAGGGAAGAAAUUGAUUUUGUAACUGCGUAGACAACCCUAAGGUGCUUACUCAGUAUGUGGGAACGAUAAUACGUAGUCAAGCGUGAUUCGCUAGUUGAGAUGGUACGAUGACGACACAAGAAGAUUGACGGCUUAGAAAUGUCAUCCACAGUGUCACCUUUAUAAGCGGAGACUCUAGAUUUUCCUGUUAUAUUGAAGCUAUUCUCCAUUGUAACAACUUGAGAAGAAAAGUAAUUAAAGAAGGAUCAACCAAACCACAAACGAGUGUUAGAGAAAUUAAUUCUAACAAAGGAGCCAUUGGUGAUAUUUAUGUUGUUUGGUCUGUGCAUACUACGCGUGUAUUAGCCUUCAUUGCAUUCAUUCCUUAUUUAACUUAUCAUAUCGUUUUUCUUUGACGAAUGACUCGAUAGCAUUCUGAAAUUGGGGCCAUAUAAUCAAUAAAUUCAUAAAAAAAGUACAUCAAGACAGAACUCCAAUCGUGUGCGAGGAAAAAUAGGUAGUCCCCCUAGCUAAUCCAACC